AUGAAUUUAGGUUUUUCCUAAAAAUCAGAUUCUAUGUCAAUAACAUUGAAAAAAGUACUUGAUGAGUUUACGCAAUUAAAUGAAACAACAAAAGAACAUUAUGCUGUGAUUUUAAUUAAGGUGAUGAUUAAUUUGAUCACAAAUAGCAAAGAAAUGACUAUGUAAGGUCUAACACAUGAGAUUAAGACAGCUGGAGAAUAUUUAAUCAAUAAUGCACAAGCUGGUCAUGGCAGGUCAGAGUUAGUAUUAAGAUCAACUCAGACCAUUUAUUAACAUUAUAUUAGUAAAGGUUUGCAACACUCACAAGCCGAUGGCAUGGAAGCAUUGAAAUCUUCUCUCUUAGAAAUUUCAUAGGAGCUAAUCGACAUUAUAAUUCGUUCUAAAGAUAACAUUAAGACCCAAUGUUUGAAAUUCUUUAAUAAUAGAUUUAAAGUCUUAGUAGUUGGAUAUUCAAAUGUUGUCAUCUAUUCUUUGAUAGAAGCAUUCAAGGCUGGGAUAGUUAUGCAAAUAUACAUUCCUGAAAGCAGACCGAAAUCAGAAGGAAUAGAGACAUAUAGAUAGUUGACUGAAAUUGGAUAUCCUUGUAAAUUAAUAUUUGACUCUGCCAUUGGAUAAGUCAUGGAAAACAUAGAUAUGGUCUUGACAGGAGCUGAAGCAGUUGUUGAGAAUGGUGGUAUAAUCAACAGAGUUGGAACCUAUACAACAGCUAUUUGUGCCAAAUUUUAAAAGAAACCAUUUUAUGUUUUAGCUGAAAGUUUCAAAUUUACUCGUUUGUUCCCUCUAUCAUAAAAAGAUUUAAGUGAUUCAAUCAGAUAUAGCUAAGAAGAACCACUAUUUUCAGAUAAAUUGAAAUUGCCAGAAAAUUUGGAUCUUAUUAAUCCUUUGUGUGAUUAUACUCCUCCAGAUUUGAUAACAUUAUUAUUUACGGAUUUAGGAGUCUUUACGCCAUCUGCUGUUUCAGAAGAAUUGAUUUAAAUAUUUAACACCUGAGAAAUAAGAUUAUGAUUUUAUGUAAAUAUAUACAAAUGCAAAAAUUCAUUAAUAUAAUUUAA